AUGGGCAACAUGCGUCUUCUAUCCACGGAAACCUGGGAAUUCCGAUACGUUCCGGACCCGGAAUCGCGCCCCGCCUACGUUGCCGUGUCGCGCCGAUGGCGCCACGGCCAGGUAACGUACUCUGAUCUUGUGCAUCGUCGCGAAGACACCCUAUCUUCCGACGACUUUGCGUUCUACGUAAAGGCCGCCAGAGCCGCACAGGACGUUGGAAUCGGAUACAUCUGGGCCUUUGAUCUCUGCGUUGAUUCCUCUUCUUCCGCACAGCUGAGCGAGGCCAUCGUAUGUUCCUAUCGCUGGCUUUCCGAGGCUCACCACCUCAUCGCUUACCUGGACGAUCUAGCCCCGAUCGACCCGGACCCACCACCAUAUACGUUUGACGAGCCCGCAUGGCGGGCUUGUUCGUGGUUUACCAGAUGCUGGACACUGCCGGAGCUGCUCGCCCCACCUUCGGUGCGCUUCCAUGACCGGACCUGGACUUUCCGCGGAUGCAAGACCACGCCUCCGCUUCGCGAGCUCAUCUCUCGCAUCACCGACAUCCCCACCGCCGCCUUGGCCGACGCCUCUCUCGUCCGCCACUUCUCCGUGGCCAAGCGCAUGUCCUGGGCAGCCCGCCGGUCCUGCUCCAGAGAGGAAGACAGGGCCUACUCCCUCGUGGGGAUCAUGGACGCCAACAUCCCCGUCAUCUACGGGGAGGGCGCCACCGCUUUCGUGCGUCUGCAAGAGGAAAUUUGCCGCACGUCGCCCGACAUGUCCCUGUUCCUGUGGGACGCCUGCGCCGGCGACCCGCGCCCGUGGAGGGGCGCCUGGGCUUCGUCUCCGGCCGAGUACUGGCGCUGGAUCGGAUGCCCGCCCUCUUGGCACGAGCCGCUGCUCUCCAAGAGCGACGUGGUGUGCUCGGGUCGGGGGCUCACCAUUUUUGGAGAUUUUCUCUAUAACCCCGAGAGCAGCGGCAACGGGCUCCUCGUGAGGCUCGGCAGUCAUCACGCCACGCCGCACCGCACCGCCGUCAUGAGGCUCUACCGCCUGGGCGAGACCUUUGUGAGGCCCGCCGUCGGCGCUGCCGUGACUGUUCGCAAGGACUUGGAUCUGAAAUCGUCCCGCAUGGCGUCCAAGUUCCUGCAGCUGCCGCGGGUACCGCGUCCCGCCGUCUCUGGUCCCACCCCUUCCCACGUUUGGCCGCCCUCUUCGUGCCCGUCAGGACAGCCCGAGGUUCCUCGGGACCCGGCACUCGCGGCCCAAGAACCGCUGAGCCAUUCCGACACUUCGUCCAGUGGUUCUUCCGCCACCGUCUCGGACGAUGGUGGCUUCUCCGUAGAUGCCCGGUCUACCAUGUCUGAAGGCUUUAUGGAAGUCGUUCCCCGGAAGAAGAAGAAGAGGGCGAACCAUGUGCCGCAACAGCUCAGCCGUUCCCAGAAGCGAAGAAAGGUGGAAGCGCAAGAUCCAGAAAGUAGAAAAGCGCCGCCUACGCCCACUUCUCGUACUCAAGAGGAGACAGUGGAAGAAGCGGAGCAAGUGGAACAAGAGAUGAGUGACGGGACCGAACCCGAACCAUUCGGAGAAAAGCAAGAGUUCGAUGCCGCUCUGGAAGACCAAUCCUCCGAGAGCAACGAAGAUGAUCUUGUCGACGACGACGACGACGACGACGACGAAAUCAUCCGUCCACCCACCCUCGAACCCAACCACGAAUUCCAGAAACUCGUCCCCGAACUCACCCAGCACUCCCUCCUCGAGUUCUCCACCUGGAAAAGCGACAAACAGCCCUUCCUCGCCCGCCCCGACGGCACCAUCACCACCCUACCCCUCCGCCCCCGCGCCCGCCGCUUCGCCUGCCCCGUCUGGCUCGCCGCGGGCGGCGGCGACGAAGCCGCCGGCCGCGCCCCUUCCGGAAGUGCGUCACCCGCGCCGACCUCGUCUCCUGAGCAGCUCGACGACGCGGAGCACGCCUCGUCGUCGGCCGCCGUCGCGGGUGCUACCGAGGCGGGGCAAUGGUACGCUAUCUGGGACGUGCUCUUCCGCGGCGGGACGACGACGUCCUCGCGCCCGCGCCCGCGCUCGCCGUACUUUGGCGGCGGCGGGGCGGAAGAAGAAGAAGAAGAAGAUGAAGAACGAGACGUGUGCCUCCAAGUCGCCCUCAUGCGGGACUUUUGGCGCGAGGAGGGUCAAGCCGUCGUCUCCGGCUUUCUCCAGGCUCGCAAGCUCCUGUCCUGGUGCCUGCCCGCCGAGGAGCGGACCCUCUCCGCCCUCUACUCUCUCGUUCAGGACCGUCUCGCCGACGCCCUGUACGACGAGAGUCUUUAUACGUUACGCGUCGCGCCGCCUUUUGGCUGGCUCUGCGCCUACCGCUGCUACCACCUCCCAUAA